UUAAGGAAGUAAUCUUGGACUUACGGCCACUACUUUCACAAAAUAAACUUCUUCUGUCACUUGCUGUGGGACAUAAAUUGCAAUCUCUACAGGAAUGGGUCGGUCAUGGUCGGUUUGUUAGAGUAAUCCCUACUACUGCUUCUGUCAUUGGUGAGGCAGCUACUGUUAUGCACUUGGGAGAAGCUGCAACAGAAAACGACGGAGAGCUAAUAGCAGAUCUAUUUGGAGCUGUUGGCAAGGUGUGGAAAAUGGAUGAGAAAUUGUCUGAUGCUGCUGCUGCUGUCGGCGGUGCUGGUACGGCAUUUGUAUAUAUAGCAAUAGAAGCUAUGGCUGAUGGAGGUGUAGCUGCAGGCUUACCACGAGAAAUUGCUUUGAGUCUUGCUGCUCAAGCU